GCCCUGGUAGCCAGAGGCAAUCAGCUGGUUUGCGUGGUCGAUUUGGUCCUAUUGAAAUUUUCGGUUUUGGCACCGGAGCAAAAAUCACAUCGCAAUCAAAUUUCCCGUGCCCACAGGAUAUACGUUUGAUUUUUGAACAAAAGCCGGAAGAACUAGCGAACCGAAUAGCAAAAUGUCGAUGCUGGCAAGAACCGUUGGACGCACUUUCAUGCAGGCUGCGGCUGCACGUAGUCUGCACACCACGUCGACGCUCCGUUAUCCGGAUAGCUACGCCGCCAACAGGACCACCUGCACACUGGUUCCCGGAGACGGUGUGGGUCCCGAGCUGGUCUACUCCCUCCAGGAGGUUUUCAAGGCAGCCAGUGUUCCCGUUGAUUUCGAGUGCUACUUCCUCUCCGAAAUCAAUCCCGUGCUGAGUGCUAAACUGGAGGAUGUGGUGUCCUCGAUCCAAAAGAAUAAAGUGUGCAUUAAGGGUGUUUUGGCCACGCCCGACUACAGCAAUGUGGGUGACCUGCAGACUUUAAACAUGAAGCUCCGCAAUGAUCUCGACCUCUAUGCCAAUGUGGUGCAUGUCCGGAGUUUGCCCGGCGUUAAGACACGCCAUACUAACAUCGAUACUGUGAUCAUCCGUGAGCAGACCGAGGGCGAGUAUUCGGCUUUGGAACACGAGUCUGUUCCCGGAAUUGUGGAGUGUCUGAAGAUCGUUACCGCCAAAAAGUCCAUGCGUAUCGCCAAGUUUGCCUUCGACUAUGCUACAAAGAAUCAGCGCAAGAAGGUCACCGCCGUGCACAAGGCCAACAUCAUGAAGCUGGGCGACGGCCUCUUCUUGCGCUCCUGCGAAGAGGUUUCCCGGCUCUAUCCCCGCAUCCAGUUCGAGAAGAUGAUUGUGGACAACACGACCAUGCAGAUGGUCUCUAAUCCCAACCAGUUUGACGUUAUGGUCACUCCCAAUCUCUAUGGCGCCAUUGUGGAUAACUUGGCCAGUGGUCUCGUUGGCGGUGCUGGUGUCGUGGCUGGUGCCUCCUACUCCUCGGAGACUGUGGUCUUUGAACCGGGAGCACGUCACACCUUCGCCGAGGCUGUGGGCAAGAACGUGGCCAAUCCCACUGCCAUGCUGCUCUGCGGCGUGAAGCUGUUGCGCCACAUCAACCUGCCAACCUACGGCGAGAUCAUUCAGAAUGCCAUCAACAAGGUUUUGAAAGAUGGCAAAGUACGUACUAAGGAUCUGGGCGGACAAUCGACCACGCAGGACUUCACCCGCGCCAUUAUCCUGAACAUGUCUUAGGCCGUGGACACCACUGUUAUCGCCAGCGCGAUCAGCAAAUCGUCUCCAUCGUGGGCAACAACGUUGGCACUUAUAUAUUCAAACAUUAGACAGCUUCUGUUGUUGCCACAGCUAAAUUUAAAUUGUUGAAAACAAAGCACACACCUUAAAAGUUAAUAGUUUCCUUGAUGUCCAAUCUUUUUUUAUUUGUACCAAUGUCUUUUGAGUAUUAUUUCUGGCGAAUAUUUAAGUUUAGUCCAAUUGAAACGCCCCCGAGACCCGCCCCGAAUCCAAAAUCGCGAAUCCUUUAGUUUUACCAAUUGGCAGUAAUACAUUGAUCCUUGAUUAUGUUGUAAUUAUUUACGUAUUAUUUUUCCCUUAUUUUGAUUUUUGAAAUUAUCCAAUUUUAUAGCCGAAGCAUACUUUAUGUUAACAUUGUUAAAAAAACAACAAAAAAAAAAAAAAAAACAAAUGAUAUUGCUAAACCAAUUUAACUGAUAGCGGACGGCUUUGAGUGGACCCACUCCACUGGAGCUGUGAGAAUGAUAACAAUAAACUCAAAUCUAAAUUAAUUAUUAUUUAAAAGCCAAUGUCAGUUUGAGCUGUCUAAAUUUUAAGUAAUACAAACAAAAGAAAAACAAAAA